GGAGGGAGGAUGUAUUUUAUUUUUUUGAUAAUAACAAGAUUAUUUAAUUUAAUAAUCACAACACACAAACAGAGAGUAAUCACAAUAGUGGUGUCACAAACUGGUUUGUGCCAAAAAUGCAGAAUUGUAUGGACUCUUCAAACCCCAUUUCAAGUGGAUCCAAAUCCGGGUCAGACUUCGUGAUGGGUCAAAGGGUCCAUUUCGUUGGAGAUACUCGCAGGAUCGGAACAGUGAAGUACGUGGGAGAAGUAGAAGGGUAUGAGGGGAAUUGGGUUGGUGUUGAUUGGGAGAAUGCUGAUGGUAAACAUGAUGGCUCGCAUAAUGGAGUUCGCUAUUUCCAAGCUCAAGGUCCUAAAACUGCUUCGUUUGUACGACCACACAAUCUUAGCUCUGGUUUCCCACUCUUGAAGGCCCUUGAGUUUAGGUAUCACGGACAAUCCACUAAACAAGAAGAAGAUGAGAUGUAUGUUCUUUCUGCGACAAACAAAAAGGUAUCUAUUGAGCUACUGGGUAAAGAUAAAAUUCAAAACAAGCUGAGCCGAUUUGAUGAGUUGACAAGUGCAUCUCUUGCUUACUUAGGGGUUAGCUCAGCUGGACCCCCAGGUCAAAUCAAUGCAACUAUACCAAGAUUAAAGGAGCUUGAUUUGACUGGAAACCUGCUUUCUGAUUGGAGGGAAAUUGCUGCAAUAUGUAUAGAGUUACCAGCUCUUGUAACUCUGAACUUAUCAUACAACAUCAUGUCUCACGAUGUAAGUGGGAUGCCCGUGCUAAAUCACAUCAAAGUUGUUGUCUUGAACCACACUGGUAUAAGCUGGAAACAGGUCGAAAUGCUUAAAGACUCUCUCCCUCUUGUUGAAGAGCUCCAUCUGAGGGGAAACAAACUGAGAAGAAUAACGCCAUUUUCUUCAGAUAUUGUUCAUGGAUUCGAUUCUCUUCGUCUUCUCAAUUUGGAGAAUAACUUUAUAGCCGCCUGGGAUGAAAUCUUGAAGCUGUCACAGUUAAAAAGAUUGGAACAGCUCAUUUUGAAUAACAACUGUAUCAGUCAUAUCUGGUACCCUGAUCAUAAUUCAUCAUCUGAACCACCCAACAGUCAUGAACUUCUUGGGGAAAGCUUUAGGCCUUUCCAGAAUCUUCGUUGCCUUCUUGUGGGAGAUAACAAAAUUGAAGAUCUUGCUUCUAUUGAUACUCUUAAUCUUUUUCCUAAUUUGCUGGAUAUAAGGCUUUCUGAGAAUCCAAUAGCAGAUCCAGGGAAAGGUGGUGUGCCCCGGUUUGUUUUGAUUGCCCGCCUUGCAAAAGUUGAAAUUUUAAAUGGAAGCCAGGUUAGUCCUCGAGAGAGGAAGGAGUCUGAAAUCCGGUAUGUCCGUUUGGUCAUGUCUAAAUGCCACGAUAACCCAGAGGAAACUAAGAAGCUUCACCCCAGAUUUGCAGAGCUGAAAACAUUUCAUGGGAUUGAGGAUGAAAAGGCUGCAAGUGGAGCAACGGGUCCACAAAAAAUGUCAUUGAGCCUCAUUUCUAUUACCCUGAAGUGUGUUGCAGCAUCAAUUGGUGAAAAGGCCCCAUUGACUAAAAAGCUGCCUGUGACAACAACGGUUGGCAAGCUGAAAAUACUAUGUGAGAGUUUCUUCAAGAUAAAAUCUAUUAAACCGAAGUUGUUUCUUCAAGAAGAGGGCUCACCAUUACCAACACUGCUUGAUGAUGAUAUGGCAUCCAUAAUUGAUUUUGGAGUUGGCAAUGGAUCAACAAUUCUUGUGGAAGAAGAGUGUUAAUAUCAUAAGAAAUCUUGGAACUUCGUCAUGCAAUAUACAUUCUUGUAAUUUGAGAAUAUCUUUUUUGACUUGCAUUUUAAGUUUCUGCUCUAAGAGUGUGUUCAUCAGCCUACUAUCUCCCUCCUUCCCUUUUCAUCCGUCUCAAAAAGUAAUUGUACCAGAUUGCAGGAUGUGGUUGGUUUUCUGGCUCAUACAUGUAGAUGAUGUUUUUUGGACACUAUAAUAUACCAUCGCUAACUGUCAGAAUUUGGGAAAGUGUAAAAGCCUCUCUACCCCGACAAGGGUCUGCGUACAUCAUACCCUCCCCAGACUCCACCUAUGGGACGACACUGGGUAUGUUGUUGUUGUAUAAGCCUACUGUUUUAUGAACGAAAAUAAACGCAAAAAAGCAAUGUGGGCUCAAGUGAAAAGUGGGAAUCAAAGAGCAAGCUUCUUCGAAAUGAGGUGCACAUUUUACCGAGAAAUGUGUGCAGAGCGUGAGUGUCAAGGAAUUGUCAUUUGGCGCCAAAUUGGGAUUUGGGUGCCAAGGCUUACAAUUGACAAGGCAUGUGUGGCACACUGGUCUGACAUGUAUCAAGCACAUUGGCACAUGAUGGUUUUUACAAUUUCUAUUAAUCAGGUGAUGGACGUUUCUACUAGGUUAUGAAAGACUCUUAAACGUAACCUAGCAAUUGCAUGGUAAUAUUAUUAUUAUUAUUAUUAUUAUUAUAAAUAAAAAGUUUUGGGAGUAUCUCCCUUAAUAUGU